AUGGCGACCUCUACGCUCAAUCCAAAAACUCCGAUCUUCGUGUCGUCGGCGUAUCACGCGGUGGAGGACUUCUCCGACCAAUGCUUCGACUUCGACGCUGAUGUGGACGACUUCGAUUUCUCUGGCUUCGACUUCGACGCUGAUAUGGACGACUUCGAUUUCUCCGCGAGUGCUACGCCGAUCCUUUCGCUGACGGAACCGUUGUCGACUCCGAAACCGCGAGUCGCGCACAAGAUUCAGCAGUACGGCCAGAAGGUGCCAAAGAUCGUGAAUGUGAAGGUGAGGCCCAGGCCGAUUCAGCAGUCGCUGUAG